UGUGUCUCUGUGUCUGCCCGCUGUUUUCGUACGCAGCGAAGCACAGCUCAUCCGAACUUAAAACAAGUGUUGAUGCGGGGCCAGGAGCAGCGGCGCGAACUGAAGAACUACACAGUGCACUAUAACAGCGCGACAAACGAACAGGGGCAGCCGAGAUCUGGAGAACAGAACGGGGACGUGAUGAUGGAGGUCAUCGAAAAGGUGUGGGAGGACCAGGUCAAAGAUGCUGCCAACAGGAAGAUCAAAGAGGUCGAAAAAAAACGGAGGGAGGCGCUGCAGAAGAAGCGCCAGACGCAAAACCCGAGAUUAGCCGAGAUGAUCACGAUCCCGACUAUCCCGAACCGUGACGACCUCCUCAACAAGGAGCUACCCGAGAACUUUCUCCCUCCGUACUGGUUUACGUGGCUGUUGUACGGACCGCUGGCCGCAAACCCGGACGAGGACGUAUCGUUCACGGCCUCCAACGGCCCUGACGUUCAAGGGGUGGGUGGCGGAGGCCUCAGCGACGACGACGACGAGGACUAGUACUACUACUACGACCACGACGACGACGACUUCGACUGCGGC